CAACGUGGCUUCAUUCAUACAGAUGAACCAAGGAUUGGGAUAGCAGUAUAAAAUUAGAAUCAGACAGCUGACUGCCCAGCAGGAUGCCAUCAACUAACAGAGCGGGCAGCCUGAAGGACCCUGAAAUUGCAGAACUCUUUUUCAAAGAAGAUCCAGAGAAACUCUUCACAGAUCUCAGAGAAAUUGGCCAUGGAAGCUUUGGAGCAGUGUAUUUUGCACGAGAUAUACGUACCAAUGAAGUGGUGGCCAUCAAGAAAAUGUCUUAUAGUGGAAAGCAGUCUACUGAGAAAUGGCAGGAUAUUAUUAAGGAAGUCAAGUUUUUACAAAGAAUAAAACAUCCUAACAGUAUAGAAUACAAAGGCUGCUAUUUACGUGAGCACACAGCAUGGCUUGUAAUGGAAUAUUGUUUAGGAUCAGCUUCAGAUUUACUUGAAGUUCACAAGAAGCCAUUGCAAGAAGUAGAAAUAGCAGCAAUUACACAUGGUGCUCUCCAGGGAUUAGCCUACUUACAUUCUCAUACCAUGAUUCAUAGAGAUAUCAAAGCAGGAAAUAUUCUUCUGACGGAACCAGGCCAGGUGAAACUUGCUGACUUUGGGUCUGCUUCCAUGGCAUCUCCUGCCAAUUCUUUUGUGGGAACACCAUAUUGGAUGGCCCCAGAAGUAAUUUUAGCCAUGGAUGAAGGACAGUAUGAUGGCAAAGUAGAUGUAUGGUCUCUUGGAAUAACAUGUAUUGAACUAGCUGAAAGAAAGCCUCCUUUAUUUAAUAUGAAUGCAAUGAGUGCCUUAUAUCACAUAGCCCAGAAUGAAUCCCCUACACUACAAUCUAAUGAAUGGUCUGAUUAUUUUCGAAACUUUGUAGAUUCUUGCCUCCAGAAAAUCCCUCAAGAUCGCCCUACAUCAGAGGAACUUUUAAAGCACAUGUUUGUUCUUCGGGAGCGCCCCGAAACAGUGUUAAUAGAUCUCAUUCAAAGGACAAAAGAUGCAGUAAGAGAGUUGGACAAUCUACAGUAUCGAAAGAUGAAGAAACUCCUUUUCCAGGAGGCACAUAAUGGACCAGCGGUAGAAGCACAGGAAGAAGAAGAGGAACAAGAUCAUGGUGUUGGUCGGACAGGAACAGUGAAUAGUGUUGGAAGUAAUCAAUCUAUUCCCAGUAUGUCCAUCAGUGCCAGUAGCCAAAGCAGCAGUGUUAACAGUCUUCCAGAUGCCUCAGAUGACAAAAGUGAGCUAGACAUGAUGGAGGGGGACCACACAGUGAUGUCUAAUAGUUCUGUCAUCCAUUUAAAACCUGAAGAAGAAAAUUACAGAGAAGAAGGAGAUUCUAGAACUAGAGCAACUGACCCACAGUCUCCGCCCCAAGUAUCUCGUCACAAAUCACACUAUCGUAAUCGAGAACAUUUUGCUACUAUACGAACUGCUUCACUGGUUACAAGACAAAUGCAAGAACAUGAGCAAGACUCUGAGCUUAGAGAGCAAAUGUCUGGCUAUAAACGUAUGAGACGACAACAUCAAAAGCAGCUGAUGACUCUAGAAAAUAAACUGAAGGCUGAAAUGGAUGAACACCGCCUCAGAUUAGACAAGGAUCUUGAAACUCAGCGUAACAAUUUUGCAGCAGAAAUGGAGAAACUUAUUAAGAAACAUCAGGCUUCUAUGGAAAAAGAGGCUAAAGUGAUGGCCAAUGAGGAAAAAAAAUUUCAACAGCAUAUUCAGGCCCAGCAGAAGAAAGAAUUAAACAGCUUUUUGGAGUCCCAAAAAAGAGAGUAUAAACUUCGAAAAGAGCAGCUUAAAGAGGAGCUGAAUGAAAACCAGAGCACUCCCAAAAAAGAAAAACAAGAGUGGCUUUCAAAGCAGAAAGAGAAUAUACAGCAUUUUCAGGCAGAAGAAGAAGCGAACCUUCUUCGACGUCAAAGACAGUACCUUGAACUAGAAUGCCGUCGCUUCAAAAGACGAAUGUUACUUGGGCGUCAUAACUUGGAGCAGGACCUUGUGAGAGAGGAACUAAAUAAAAGGCAGACCCAGAAGGACUUAGAGCAUGCCAUGCUACUGCGACAACAUGAAUCCAUGCAAGAACUGGAGUUCCGUCACCUCAAUACAAUUCAGAAGAUGCGCUGUGAAUUGAUCAGGUUGCAGCACCAAACUGAACUCACUAACCAGCUGGAAUAUAACAAGCGAAGAGAACGAGAACUAAGGCGAAAGCAUGUCAUGGAGGUUCGACAACAGCCUAAAAGUUUAAAGUCUAAGGAACUCCAAAUUAAAAAACAGUUUCAGGAUACCUGCAAAAUCCAAACUCGGCAGUACAAAGCAUUAAGAAAUCACCUGCUGGAGACAACACCAAAGAGUGAGCACAAAGCUGUUCUGAAACGGCUCAAGGAGGAACAGACCCGGAAGUUAGCCAUUUUGGCUGAGCAGUAUGAUCACAGCAUUAAUGAAAUGCUGUCCACACAAGCCCUGCGUUUGGAUGAAGCACAGGAAGCAGAGUGCCAGGUUCUGAAGAUGCAGCUGCAGCAGGAACUGGAGCUGUUGAAUGCAUAUCAAAGCAAAAUCAAGAUGCAGGCUGAGGCACAACAUGAUCGAGAGCUUCGGGAACUUGAACAGAGGGUUUCUCUCCGCAGGGCCCUCCUAGAACAAAAGAUUGAAGAAGAGAUGUUGGCUUUGCAGAAUGAACGCACAGAACGAAUACGAAGCCUGCUGGAGCGUCAAGCCAGAGAAAUUGAAGCUUUUGACUCUGAAAGCAUGAGAUUAGGUUUUAGUAACAUGGUCCUUUCUAAUCUCUCCCCUGAGGCAUUCAGCCACAGCUAUCCAGGAGCUUCUGGUUGGUCUCACAAUCCUACUGGGGGUCCAGGCCCCCAUUGGGGUCAUCCCAUGGGUGGCCCACCACAAGCGUGGGGCCAUCCAAUGCAAGGUGGACCCCAGCCAUGGGGUCAUCCCUCGGGGCCAAUGCAAGGGGUACCUCGAGGUAGCAGUAUGGGAGUCCGCAAUAGCCCCCAAGCUCUCAGGCGGACAGCUUCUGGGGGACGGACGGAGCAGGGCAUGAGCAGAAGCACGAGUGUCACUUCACAAAUUUCCAAUGGGUCACAUAUGUCUUAUACAUAACUUAAUAAUUGAGAAUGGCAAUUCCGCUGGAACUGUCUGCCAAAAGAAACUGCCUACAGACAUCGUCGCAGCAGCCUCCCCACUUGGGUACUACAGUGUGGAAGCUGAAUGCAUAUGGUAUAUUUUAUUCCUUUUUGUAAAACAUUCUUGUUUUGUGUUUACUAAUUGGGAUGUCAUAGUAUUUGGCUGCCGGG